AAAAAAAACCCAAAAGGAAAAAAAAAUAUCAUCUAGUAUAGACAUUAAUGAAGAGGAUUCAGAUUUGUCUAUGUUGCUUCCUCAAUCGUCUUCUUCCUCCAUCUUGUUAGGGUUUGUAGAGCUAUCAUUUUGUCUUCAAUUCUUCACGCUCAUCCUUCUUACCACCGGCCAUCGAUAGGACUUUGAAAUUUUCUUUUAUUUUUGACCGAUAUUCCACUGUAUUAACCCAAUUUUUCCGUGUAUCCAACCUUACAAUAGAAAAUCGCAAUUCCUCCACGAUUUCCUUUAGUUAUCUCCUGAUAGGAUUGAUACUCUCCGGCAAUUUGUGAAGUUACAGCAACAUUGAAUUAGCUUCUAUUGAUGUGAUUUCUAGCUUUAAUAUGCAGUGGAAGUUCAGAGAACCAACAAACUCAACAUCUUUCACUUCAUAAGUAUACUUCCUAUCCAAGGAAGACAAGUCAGAGGCAUUAUACCUGUUGCCUUUUGCAUGACGUUAUGAUGGGGACAGAGCUUAUGAGAAUAUGUGUUAAAGAAGAUAAUGAUGAUUUUCCAUCAGUUCCACCAGGUUUUGAGUCAUAUACAUCUUUCUCACUGAAGAGGGUAGAAGACAAUGAAAACCAAAAUGAUAAAAAUAUGACCAGUUGUUCAGCCUCAACAAGUGCUUCUGAAUCACAAUCAACUAAGGUGGAAAAUGAUGUUCAAGUUCAUGAUACUGCAAAGGUUCCUAGAUCCCUACGACGAAGACCCUGGAUUAACUAUGGACAAUAUGAGAACAGUUCUGAUGACGACUCUGACCGUGAGCGGCUUGAUCAAAAUUUUGUCUCAAGAUCUUGUCUUCCUAAGGGUGUCAUCCGUGGAUGUCCAGAUUGCAGUAAUUGUCAAAAGGUUGUUGCUAGAUGGCGACCAGAAGAUGCUUGUAGGCCAAAUCUUGAGGAUGCUCCUGUUUUCUAUCCUACUGAAGAGGAGUUUCAAGAUACUUUAAAAUAUAUAUCAAGCAUUCGCACGAGGGCUGAACCAUAUGGAAUUUGUCGCAUUGUUCCGCCAUCUUCCUGGAAACCCCCUUGUCCUCUCAAGGAAAAAAGCAUAUGGGAGGGUUCUAAAUUUGCUACACGUGUUCAGAGGAUUGACAAACUUCAGAAUCGUGAUUCAGGGAGAAAGAUGUCAAGGAUUCAAAGUAAUAUGAAGAGGAAAAGGAGAAGAUGCACAAGAAUGGGGGUGGAUAAUGGCACUAGAAUGGGACCUAGUGCUGGAUUUUGUGAAACUGAAAGGUUUGGGUUUGAACCUGGUCCAGAAUUUACCUUGGAAACAUUUCAGAAAUAUGCAAAUGAUUUUAAGGGAAAAUACUUCAGAAAAAAUGAGAGUGUAGCUCAUUUGGGUGUGAAUACAACAAUUUUAAAUGAUACCACAGAGCCUUCUGUGGAAAAAAUUGAAGGUGAAUAUUGGCGGAUGGUUGAGAGUCCUACUGAAGAAAUUGAGGUGCUUUAUGGAGCUGAUCUGGAAACUGGGGUUUUUGGGAGUGGUUUCCCCAAUAAGUCUUGUCAAGUUGGUUGUGCUUCACAAGAACAGUACAUAACAUCUGGCUGGAAUUUAAAUAACUUUGCAAGGCUACCUGGAUCUCUGCUCUCCUAUGAAAGCAGUGAUAUAUCUGGCGUUCUAGUGCCAUGGUUGUAUAUAGGAAUGUGCUUUUCCUCCUUUUGUUGGCAUGUGGAAGAUCACCAUUUAUAUUCAUUAAAUUACAUGCAUUGGGGAGCUCCAAAAUUGUGGUAUGGUGUCCCUGGAAAGGAUGCCUGCAAAUUAGAAGAGGCCAUGAGAAAGCAUUUACCAGAACUUUUUGAAGAACAACCUGACUUGCUUCAUAAGUUGGUCACUCAGCUUUCUCCUUCUAUCCUGAGGUCUAAAGGAGUACCAGUUUAUAGGUGUGUUCAAAACCCUGGGGACUUUGUUCUGACAUUUCCUCGAGCCUACCACUCUGGAUUCAAUUGUGGUUUCAACUGUGCUGAGGCUGUUAAUGUUGCUCCUGUUGACUGGUUGCCCCAUGGGCAUAUUGCAAUAGCGCUAUACCAGGAGCAGGGGCGCAAGACUUCUAUAUCUCAUGAUAAGCUGUUACUUGGGGCUGCAAGGGAAGCAGUACGAGCCCAAUGGGAGCUUAAUUUGCUAAAGAAGAAUACCUCAGAUAAUCUACGAUGGAAGGAUGUCUGUGGAAAGGAUGGCCUUUUGGCAAAAGCACUCAAGACACGUGUUGAGAUGGAGCGAGCAAGAAGGGAAUUUUUCUGCAGUUCUUCACAGUCAUUAAAAAUGGAGAGUAGUUUUGAUGCUACAAAUGAAAGGGAAUGCAACAUUUGCUUUUUUGAUUUACACCUAUCUGCAGCUGGUUGUCGCUGUUCCCCUGAUAGAUAUGCUUGCUUGGAUCAUGCAAAGCACUUUUGUUCAUGCUCUUGGGAUUCCAGAUUUUUCCUCUUCCGUUAUGAUAUUAGCGAACUAAGUAUUCUUGUUGAGGCCUUGGAAGGAAAAUUAAGUGCAAUAUACAGAUGGGCAAAAUCAGAUCUUGGGCUGGCACUCUCUGCUUAUGUCUCAGCAGACAAGGAAACAAUACUAAAGGAAUUGAAAUUGCAUUCAUCCAAUUUGUCUCAUUCUUCCAGGGCUACUGUGCAUAAAGAGAUGGCUUUGCAUCCAUCAAAUAAAUUUAUUGACGAUUCUCAAUUGAUUGAUGUACCAAUAGAGAAUCAAGCAAAUUCAGUAAAUAGCAAAGAUCAGAGUUAUUUUCAACAGAGGAAAUCAACUGAAGCUACUUCAUCUUUGAGUUCCAUUAAGGAGUUGACAUUAAAAAGCUCAAAACCUACAUGUGAGAUGGCUACGCAUAAGAUCUGUGUCAAAGAAGAACCCGUUAUUUGCAGAUCAAAGCUAAGAACCUCUAGUUGUCAACUGUCUCAAGAGGAUUCAUCAUAUGCUUUAUCUCUGCCCCUCUCUCAACAUGGAGGUUCUAGAGAUAAAGCAAACUCAUGUAACAACCAAGACAAGGGUGCUAUUACAUUGGCCCAUGAAAAUAUGAGUUCUGAUUCAACUCAGCUUUUGCAUGUGAAACAAGAAUGUCAUGAACACAGGGGACCAGUUCUAGCUUCUACCCCAGUAGAUCUUUCUUGUCGUAUAGGUCUUACCAGUGCGGAAUCAGCUAGAAACACUCCAGCUUCUUCAACAGUGGAGACCAAUGAUCAUUGCUUGGAAAGUUUAGACAUUUGUCCUCUGAACCCACAACAUUCUGGAACUAUCAAGGCUAGGAAUGAGGAUAGUCAUGAAAAGUUUGGAGGAUGUGCUCCUAAUGUAGCAGAUAAUGCAAAAGCCCUUAAUGGGAACCUUUCUUGCAGUCCAAACAAUUACCGCCAGAAAGGUCCUCGCAUUGCAAAGGUUGUUCGGCGUAUCAACUGCAAUGUUGAACCAUUAGAAUUUGGAGUGGUGCUUUCUGGAAAGUCAUGGUGCAGUAGUCAGGCUAUAUUUCCAAAGGGAUUUAGAAGCCGUGUUAGAUACAUAAAUGUCUUAGAUCCAUCUAGCAUGUGUUACUAUAUUUCAGAAAUUCUUGAUGCUGGACGUGGUUGGCCUCUAUUUAUGGUUUCCCUGGAAAAUUGUUCAAGCGAGGUCUUCAUUCAUAUGUCAGCUGCAAGAUGCUGGGAACUUGUGAGAGAGAGAGUGAAUCAAGAGAUCACAAAGCACCAUAAGAUGGGAAGAAAGGGUCUUCCUCCUUUACAGCCUCCUGGCAGCCUUGAUGGCUUUGAAAUGUUUGGGUUUUCUUCACCAGCAAUAGUGCAGGCUAUUGAGGCACUUGAUUGUAGUCGAGUAUGUAAUGAAUAUUGGGACUCCCGUCCCUAUUCCCGUCCUCAAGGGCAGAUUUCACAAGCUUGCCACACCAAUGUAAAUGGUGGAAAUGGUCAAGGGAUUCACAUGAAUCAGCACAUACCCGUUGGAGCUGUUGAAGUACUGAGGAGCCUAUUCAAAAAGGUCAAUGGAGAAGAAUUGAACUUACUGUACAGCAUUCUUAGUGACAAUAAGCCAGCGGCUGACCGUAUCCUAAUUGCGAAACUUAUCAAUGAAGAGAUUCACAAAUCACAACCGCCCUAGGUAAUUCAUUAUUUGGACGGGGAAUUGUUCAUACGCCUAACCUUUUCCUGACAUGUAAAUUGUAGUUCCUUCGAGGUUGCGCAUGCAAUUUCAUGCAACCUUAAUCUGUGUUUUUUCCCCCCACCUGAAUGGAGGUUAUAGAGAAAGAAAAAGGAGAAAAAAGGAAAUAAAAUUAGAAAAAGGGAGAGAAAAAAAGAGAGCCCAUUUCCCUUUAAAAUUUUGCUUAUUUCAAGUGUCAGCUGGGAUGGAAAGUUAUCAAGUGUCACUUAGGCUGUCUCAUCUGAAACUCUGAAAGGCGAGGUUGCCGGCCUUUGUUGAUUUCGGUUCAUAUAUGUUGUACACAUAGUUUGAAACAACAAUUAGGGUUAUGUUUAGAUUUGAUUAAUUAUUUUAGAAAAUAGCUUUUUACUCAAAUUAAGCUGUUUUCUCCAAAAGUAAAUAUGUUCGGGUUUUAUAAG